AUGAAUCCUUACGCUUUAAUAUUGCGGUUUUCCUUGAUAUUCGCUGCGAUAAGUCAUUGCUAUUCGGGAUGUUAUCGUAUACCGCAAGGUGCCACCGGCGAUCGUUCACCCGUCGAUGAAAAUUAUCAAAUAUUAAUUGAUGGCAAUCCUUCGACUUAUUUACCCGGAAGAGAAUAUAAUUUAUCCCUUUCCUGUCCGGAGGGUUUAAAAUUCCUAACCUUUACCCUACUGGUGGAAUCGGAAAAUCCUGCACACAACUCUCGUAGUGAGCUCUUGGGGAAAUUCGAAAUUAUUAAUCCGGAAACGAAAUUCAGUAACCUAUGUGAAAAUAUGAUAGAAAGUAGCAAUAGUAAUAUGAAACAGCGGAUCACUGUGACUUGGAUAGCUCCGGAUGAUCCAGAAAGUGGUUGUGUGCUGUUUAAGGCUGCGGUACUGCAACAUCGUACCGUUUGGUUUAUUGAUGAUGGUUAUCUAACGAAGAAAUUGUGUCGGGAGAAUGUCGAUGAUAUUCAUAGGCAAUUACCGGCUGUGGAUCCUUGCUGUGCCUGUGAUGAGGCAAAAUAUGAGAUUGUUUUGGAACGCCACUGGUCCCGCAACACCCACCCAAAGGAUUUCCCCCUGCAAGCAUGGCGCACCAGCUUUGGCACCGUCAUUGGGGCUUCACACACGGUGGAUUAUUCUUUUUGGAGUUAUGGUAGCCCGGCUAGCCAAGGGCUACAAGAAUUGGCUGAACAUGGUUCUAGUGCGGCCUUGGAAAUGGAAAUUAAAAAUCAAACUGAUACCGGUAGCAUACGCACCAUAAUCAAGGCCCCUGGCAUAAAAUAUAAGGCAAAUGUGGUGGGCAAAACCUUGGCCACGGCCAGAGUGGGACCCAAACAUCACAUGAUUUCAUUGGUAACGAAAAUUAAUCCUUCGCCAGAUUGGAUUUUGGGUGUUGCCUCUAUGGAGUUGUGCACCGCAAAUUGUCGUUGGAUUGAGGAGAAAGUUUUGAAUUUAUAUCCAUGGGAUGUGGGCACCGAUUCGGGGCCAUCUUAUAUGUCUCCAGAUCAGGCCCAAAAGCCCCCAGAUGUUGUGAGGCGCAUAACCUCCUCGUUUCCCAGUGAUGAACAUUCGCCAUUCUAUGAUAAAACCGGAACACCCAUGAAACCCUUGGCUACCUUAAGGGUUACCAGGAAACGUACCUAUGGGCGAUGUUUUGAUGAACAACUACCCAUUGAAUGUGACACCCAUCCCUGGACCGAUUGGAGUGAAUGUAGUGUCAAAUGUGGCAGUGGUGUACAAUAUCGCCUACGUGAUUACAAAGAUCCGGAGGUGGCUAGAAAAAAGAAUUGUCAAGAAAUUUUGAGGCAAACUCAGGAAUGCAGCGGUCCAUGCAUUGAUCAAAAUAUUGGUUUACCAUCCAUGGCUGGGAAUUCACGUUAUGGCAGUGGAGCUGAAUGUGAGCUGACACCAUGGUCUCCUUAUUCGGAAUGUUCGAAUAAAUGUGGUAUGGGUACAAGGACACGGACCAGGAGUUUUGUAAAUAGUUAUGCCAGCGAAAAUUGUCAGAGUGGUGGAAUACCUAUUGACCUAAUACAAACUGAGACCUGCGAGGGUACCUAUUGUGGUGGUAAUAUCCACAAUUCCCAAAAUAAAGGCAGAAGAAAGGAACAGACGAGUUACAAUAAUCGCCCAUUAGAUUAUGAUAUGGAACCGAAUGGUUAUGAUUUGGACGCCAAUCAAGAAUAUGGUGCCGGUAUUGGAGGAUUUAUGGAUACCAGUGAUUUGAGAACACAGAUCAAUAAACCAAUACUGAAUAAUAACGAUGAUUAUGGCAAACCACAAUAUGAAAAUCUCAAUACCAUAUAUGGUAGUGAAAGAUUACGCGGAAAUCCUCUUAAUUAUCAGUCGGAAGAUAACCCGCAAAUAUCAGGAGAUUUGCCAUUUGAAAAUACGCCUUACAAGCAAUCUGCAUUUAACCCAAUUAAUUCCAGAAUUAAUAAUUAUCAUUCCAAAACAACUUCGAGAACUACGACCACGACAACAACACAACGCAAUUUUAGGGGUAAUAGCUAUGGUCACACCACGGAAUCUACUUUAUCGGGUUAUGGGUUUCUACCCAGCAAUCCUUAUGGCAUUAAAACCAUAAAUUAUGAUUCUGUCCUCGAUCAAGAAGAAGAAUCCGAUAAAACUUUUUGUUUACAACGACCAGUAUUGUCAACGGAUCGCUGUAAUGCUCCUCGAGUGUUCUUGAAAAAUUAUUGGUUCUACGAUGCCCGUGAUAUGCAAUGUAAAUUAUUUACUUCGGAUAAUUGUGAUCGUAAUCGUAAUAAGUUUUUCAGUAUGGAGGCAUGUCAAGCGGAAUGUGGCGGCCAACAAAAUGUGGAUGUGGAAUAUGGUUAUGGUGGUGGUAUUGGUGGCGGAGGUUUCAGUCAUUCGGGUAUUAACAGGCACAAUGGAAAGUGGAAAAAUACGUGGCAGACCUCGACAAUCAUACUCUAUUUGCUAUCGACACAUAGCAAUAAAACAUUCCCUCAUCACAAGCAAAGCAUGGAUCCACAGCCGGCAAUUGCCUAUGAAUAUCAUCCACAUCCUACCGACACAGACUUUUCGUUAAAUAACCAUCAUCAAUUAACUAAACGGUACGAUGUUGGAGUACCGGUGCAUUGA